UGUCUCUUAUGGGCACGUCUUUAAUAUGUGUCAAAGCAGAUAUGAUACAAUGUAGGAUCUUAUAUAAGGAUAUCUGACUUGGUUGCUUAUGUAAGAGGAUCUCCUUACAUAACAGUCAAUUUGUGCAAAAAUUCCCGUUUGGUUUUUUUCAUUCCUUUCGAUUUCAAUUCUUUCGUGUUUUUAUUGAAACAUAUCGACAAUAAUAGUUGAGAGAAAAAACCCUUUAAGAUCUGAAAUAACCCAUAGUCACUAGUAUAUAAAGAAGCGUAGUGAUACUUUGGAGUAGUCAAUAUAAAUCACAUAAUCUAGUAUGAAUAGACGUUGAAUUUUGUUUUCAAGGAAAUCGUAAGUUAUUUACCGUAUAGUGAGAAUUCAGGUUAUGGAGUGUGCAAUCACCCCAGAUGAUCAUCUAGGAGAUCUAUAAAACUCUGAUGCUCUAAUCGUAAACAAUUGUGUAGUUAACAAUGAUCAUAUUAACGUCUUACAUCCCUAUUUAUUAGUGAACCCCUUGUGUGCUUGCAUCAACUCAAAAUAAUCAGAAUUGAAAAUCUGAUUAUUACUUUUCUUCCAUUAUUUUACAUGCACAAUCAUUUACUACUUAGUCACGUUUCUUCUUGACAUAUACAACUAUCGUCACUCCUACAUCUCGUUGAGUCUAUAUUUUAGACUUUCUUUGAAUAUACAUCUUUUACUCUUCUAGAUGAUAAUACAACUCUAUUUCUUAAACAGAAUAAUGUGUUAAUUUUAAACAUAUAAGUCUGUAAAUAAACCUAAUCGAUUAUUGCUUUUUAUUGUUUUCUUUUUCAGAUUUUGAAUAUAACAUUUUUACAAUACCAGAAAGUUUUAUGUCUAGUUCGUGUAACCGAUUAGGUAAAUAUAUUAUUUCCUCGCGAAGUGUUCACUAAAUCCCUAGACAAAUGUCAGUCUUCGCUGUCAAUACAAGAAUGAAAAAUGAAGCGCUACAAGAAGACUUUCAUCUAGAUUGACUUCACUGUAUCCUAUCUUGCAUUUUUGUUCCACUUUAUGAAAACAUUUCCUGUUUGUUUUAAAUAGCAAGAGCUGAUAAAUCAGCGGGCGCGCAAGCUGCGGCAAAUGACGUUGGUAUCAGUCAUGUCGAACGAUCAGUGAGUGCAUUUCCAUCGUUAGCUGAAUCAAUGAGUAAUGUAACAUUAACGUCAGAAUCAACAACGAGCAAAAAACAACAAGGACAACGUUCUCAAUCAUAUCAGCCAUUUGUUCGUCAUAGAGUAUUACAUUCAGUUGUACCAGAAUCAAACUUUCUAACACCUGUAGCACGACCACAAGGGUAUGGUAAAAUCGGUCAACCAAUUAAAGUUUUCGCCAACCAAUUUAAAGUAACAAUUGAUAGUACUUUUGUUAAUCAAUACGAUAUUGAUAUAAAAAUGAUUGGUCGCGACAAAUCAUUACGUUUAGCCAAUAAAGAUGAACGCUGGGAAACAUUACAGCGUAUUGCUAAACGCGAAAAUUUUCCCGUCAUCUGGUACGAUGAAGGUAAAAAUAUGUAUACCCGUGCAAAUUUAGCACACUUUACAAAACCAUUCCAGAUAACGAUCAAAAAAAAUAAUGAAGAUAAAAGUUUUCAAUUAACAAUCAAUAAUUUAGUUAGACAAGAAAACAUUCGUGAUAUUUUUGAUUUUAUUGAAAAGAAAACAGGUACACGACCACAUAAUGCGAUCCAAAUAAUUGAAACCUUAUUCAAACAACGUGCUCGAAAUGAUCUGGUUUGUAUCCGUAAUCAAUUUUAUGAUCGACAACAAAAACUGCACGAUUUAGGAGAUGGACGUGGUAUGGGUACUGGUUUUUAUCAAGCAUUAUUUUUAACAGAAAACGGACUAACAUUGAAUAUGAAUAUAGCGUUUACAUGUUUUUAUAUGCCAUUGAAUUUUGUUGAAUUUGCCUCAAAAUAUCUUCGAAAAGAUAUAAAAGCAGGCUUAACAGAUUAUGAACUUAAUGCUUUGACACACAUUGUUAAAAAUUUGUUAAUUGAAACAUUCCAUACUGGUCGAAAUAUACGUUAUCGAAUUCGAGAAUUUGGUCGUCCAGCAUCUAAAAUUAAAUUUAACGUUGGCAAUGAUGAUGAGAGUGGUACACCAGGUGAAGAAACGACAGUUGCUGACUAUUUUACUAAAAAAUAUAAAAAAGCAUUAAAAUAUCCAGAUUUACCAUGUAUCAAUGGAAUGGCCGGCUCAAGAAACCAAGCCAAUUGGCUACCAAUGGAGAUAGUUAAAGUUGUGGAAUGGCAACGAUGUUUCAAACCAUUAGAUAGUGUUCAACGAGCACUUGUUACGAAAAUGUCGAGUGUUGGACCCGAUGAGAGAUAUCAACAAAUAAUGCGCUGUGUUCGUGAACGUCAGUUUCAAACAGAUCCAUAUUUAAAAGAUUUAAAUAUAGUGGUUGACACAGAAGAAAUGAUGGAAAUCAAGGCUCGUAUUUUACCACCACCUGAAGUAAUAUAUCGCACUCAGAAGCAAGAGGAUGUUGUGGAACAAGUUAAUAUCGGUAAAUGGACGAUUCGUAACCACUUUUAUACCGUACCCGAUAUUCAAAGAUGGGCGGUCUUGCAUUUUGCUGAUGAACAGCCAAAUGAAGUCGUGAUUAAUGUUUUGGAAGAGUUUUCAAAUGAUUUGCCACAACUUCUCACUUGUUUUGGUAUACAGUUGCGUAAUAAACCAUAUGUAGCCUCAAAACCAGCAACACGAACAGAAAUCGAAAAACAGCUGCUGCAAGCAAGUGAACAAAAGUGGCAAUUGACAUUGAUUAUUCUAAAUAAUACAAAAGAACACGUCUAUGAGUAUAUAAAACGGCUGGGUAAUCAACGCUUGGGCGUUGUGACACAGUGCGCAUCAUUCCAAGCAAUUCAACGAAAUUCGGGUAAACUGAGAAUGUAUGUUGAGAAUUUAUCACAGAAAAUUAAUGGAAAAUUGGGUUGUAUCAAUGGUGUUGUUAAUUUAAAAUUGACAUUACAACGUCCACAAAAAGAAGAUUUAUUUAUGUUUAUGGGAGCUGAUGUAACGCAUACAACGUGUUCAAAAGAAAAACCAUCAAUUGCAGCUGUUGUUGCUAGUCGUGAUACGACUGGCUCAUUGUAUGCUGCUCGUUUAUGCGAACAAUAUCCGAAAAAUGAGCGAUGUUCACUAGAAAUUAUUAAAGAACUGGAAAAAAUGGUGGUUGAUUUAUUGCGUGUUUUUCAAAGUUCAUGUAAUAAUCGAUUACCAACGAAAAUUGUAUUUUAUCGUGAUGGUGUUGACGACGGACAAUUUCAAAAAGUGUUGGAUAAUGAAGUUAAAAGCAUACAGGAAGCGUGUAAAAUUGUUUAUGGUCAGAAACCAACACCAAAAUUAACGUUUAUUGUUGUUAAAAAACGACAUAACACACGUUUUUUUGUUUAUGAGAAUGAACAAACAAAAAAUAUUCAAGCUGGUACAAUUAUUGACACAGAAAUAACACAUCCCAGUCAAUUUAAUUUUUAUCUUAAUUCACAUGCGGCAAUUAAAGGAACGUCGAGGCCAGCACUGUAUCAUGUGCUUCAUGAUGAAAUUGGUUUCACUUCUGAUGAAAUUCAACAACUUACGUUUUGGUUAUGUCAUACUGAUGCUCGGUGUUCAAAAUCUGUUAGUAUUCCUACACCAGUGCAUUAUGCACAUUUGGCUGCAAGACAAAGCCGAGCUUUCGACUUUGAAGAUGAUUGCAAUACUGAUGUUGAUGAGAGUGUCGAGAAUAUGUCCCUGGAUGACAUAAAAACAAAAUUGAUGGUAUUACAUCAAAAUAUUGCUAAUGAUAUGUGGUUCAUUUGA